CUACAUCGACGGCCGGACGUCCUCUAUCCGGCGUAUCUCGUCCGAUGACUUCCCUACGAAAUGGAACCAUGGAGCAAGCAGUGCGCACGAGUCGCACUGCUCGCACAGCUCGAGCUGUAAGCAGCAACUCAGCUCGACAGCUUCGUCUUGCAACGGCGUCAAUGGCGUCAAAUCCUGGUGGUCCAUUCGUUAUGUUAGAGCGCCUGAACAUCGAUAAAUAUGGCGCUGAUCCCAUGGUGAACCGUCAGCUAUUCGAGUAUGUUUUUUAUCACGAAGGAGAUAUGAAAACAGCCCAUCAAAUUGCUGCCAUCGCUUCAAAAGCAGCGAGUUACGACGACUGGUAUUGGAAGAACCAGCUCGGUAAAUGUUACAUGAGGUAUUUCGACUUCCAUUCUCUGCUUAGACACCAUUGUCUUUUGUAA